GCCAGGAGCUGAAAGGGCUCCCCUGCCAGGGGCUAAAUCUGGGUACUGGCUGCUGAGUCGGUCUUGCCACUUCAGCUCCGGCGCCCAAGGGGAGGCCCCUUCUCUUCCUGACCUGCAGGGACUGGAACCCGGAUCAUGUCCCACCGGAAGUUCUCUGCACCUCGGCAUGGACACCUCGGCUUCCUGCCCCACAAGCGCAGUCGCAGACACCGGGGCAAGGUGAAGACGUGGCCGCGGGAUGACCCCAGCCGGCCGGUGCACCUGACGGCCUUCCUGGGCUACAAGGCCGGCAUGACCCAUACGCUGCGUGAGGUGCACCGGCCUGGGCUCAAGAUUUCCAAGCGGGAGGAGGUGGAGGCAGUGACCAUAGUGGAGACCCCUCCUGUGGUGGUGGUGGGCGUGGUGGGCUACGUGGCCACCCCCCGAGGCCUGCGGAGCUUCAAGACCAUCUUCGCUGAGCACCUCAGUGAUGAGUGUCGCAGACGCUUCUACAAGGACUGGCACAGAAGCAAGAAGAAGGCCUUCACCAAGGCCUGCAAGCGGUGGCGUGAUGCCGACGGCAAGAAGCAGCUACACAAGGACUUCGCUGCCAUGAAGAAGUAUUGCAAAGUCAUCAGGGUCAUCGUGCACACCCAGAUGAAGCUGCUGCCUUUCCGCCAGAAGAAAGCCCACAUCAUGGAGAUCCAGCUCAACGGCGGCACAGUGGCCGAGAAAGUAGCUUGGGCGCAGGCCCGGCUGGAGAAGCAGGUGCCCGUGCACAGUGUGUUCAGCCAGAGCGAGGUCAUCGACGUCAUCGCCGUCACCAAGGGCAAGGGUGUCAAAGGGGUCACGAGCCGCUGGCACACGAAGAAGCUGCCUCGGAAGACGCACAAGGGGCUGCGCAAGGUGGCCUGCAUUGGCGCCUGGCACCCGGCCCGAGUGGGCUGCUCCAUUGCCAGGGCAGGGCAGAAAGGCUACCACCACCGCACGGAGCUCAACAAGAAGAUCUAUCGCAUCGGCCGGGGGCUGCACGUGCAGGACGGGAAGCUGGUGAAGAACAACGCGGCCACCAGCUAUGAUGUCACCGACAAGGCCAUCACUCCGCUGGGUGGCUUCCCGCACUACGGGGAAGUGAACAACGACUUCGUCAUGCUGAAAGGCUGCAUCGCUGGCACCAAGAAGCGGGUCAUCACGCUGAGGAAGUCCCUGCUGGUGCACCACAGCCGCCGGGCACUGGAAAGCAUCGAGCUCAAGUUUAUUGACACCACCUCCAAGUUCGGCCACGGCCACUUUCAGACGGCCCAAGAGAAGCUGGCCUUCAUGGGUCCGCAGAAGAAGCACUUGGAGAAGAAGCCAGAGACCUCGGGCGAGCUGUAGUUGGCGCAGGGCGCUUGGGGUCUUAGCAAAGCUGGGUUUGCCCCAUCUGCCUUACUUGUAAAGGCCCCACUAAUAAAGGCCAGAGAAAAUUCUUCCCA